AUGGGUCCUGAAUCCGUAACACCAACGCCGGAAACAGUUCACUUCCGGCAGCAAUUACGAGAUCCAAAGAACCGCCGGAAGUUCAUCCACACGUUGCUAUUUUACUUUGCGUUCACAGCACUGGGUAUUUGCCGUGCCCAGCAUGGCCCAGCAUUCUUGGACCUGGCUCAGGUCACUGGUAGCAAUGUAGAGGAGGCAUCGGUCUUCUAUACGUCCCGUGCAGUAGGGGGACUCGUGGGCUCAGUCAUCAUGGGUGUCCUCCUUGAGAAAUUCCCCAAACACAGGAAAACCCUUGUGGCCAGUUUGUGCCUUCUAAGUGCGGUUAGUGUCAGCAUUAUACCAUGGAGUAAAGACUAUAUCCUGACCAUUUGUUUAUUUGGUGUUAAUGGGAUAUUAACAGCAGCCUUUGAUUCAGGUGGAAAUGUUGAGAUGAUGAGCACAUGGGGCGUGGAAGGCAAGAUAUAUAUACAGAUUCUACACUUUCUGUUUACCAUCGGCACCACCUUGGCACCCGUCAUCGUGGAACCAUUCUUGUCUGAAAGGAAGACACUCAACGGGACGCUGUGUGACGCAUAUGAGGUGUUACAGUCAUUGAAGUUCAGCGAUCGAGCCGAUGCCAACAACUCGACUGAAAAAUACGUCCUUCUUCCUGAGAGUUGUGUCUUUUCUGAAAAUCAGAUCCAGUAUGCAUACAUGAUAGGAGCGGUACUCAGUUUUCUGUCAGGAAUCAUGAUAACUGCAGAAUGUUUUUUCAGUCCACCAGACACGAAAGGUGAAACAAGAAAUGAAAAUAAUCGUAAUCCUCGAGUGCUUCCCCAAUGGCUGCAAGUUCUUAUCCUUGGUAAUAUUGGUCUCUUCUAUUUCUUCAACUGUUCUACCAUCAGUGUCAUCGUCGGCUACAUGAUGGCGUACUUUGUAAAGGAUCUUGGAUGGAGCAAGGAAAAGACUGCCAUUUUUGCAUCGAUUACUUAUGCUGGUUUUGCCAUCUCACGCUUGCUGUGUGUGAUACUAGAUCGCGUCCUAACACCUCGUCAGCUUUUGUAUAUUUCAAAUGGUCUAUGUGUGUGUUCUCUAGGUGGUCUCUGGCUCAGCGUAAUUCACGAGUCUGACGCAGGGAUAUGGAUCUGUAUGGUCCUUGCGUCAAUAGGAAUGUCAGCCAUUUUCCCAACUGGACUAGUAUAUAUAGAAAAUGAUGUCAUGAAGGUGUCCGGAAUGGUGACGUCAGUCAUUUGGGUGGCAGGGAACUUACAGGGAAUUGUGAACCCUUUAUUGGUAGGUUACCUUUUCCAGACGAUAUCUUACAAAUGGUAUAUCUACCUCGCUUUUAUCGAGGCUAUAUUAGCUUUUGUGUUUUUCCUGUCAACUGUUCUGAUUGUUAGGAGGCUUGUGGAGAAGUAUGGCUCUCUUGAGUCGAAAAAUACUUUUGAUGGGAAGAACAUGGAGGAGACAUUUAUUGAGGAGAAUGAGCGGACAAAGAAUGUCGAAACCUGUCAGAAUGGUCAGACAGAAAAUAAGCAAGAAAGUAAGGAUGUACCAAAGGAAUCAGAUCACUUUUCACUUUGA